AUGAGCCACCUGUUGGGCAGAGUGAAAUCAACCGCGCAACUGAAGGACCCGCAACUUGUGAACGAGAUAAACGCAGAGCUGGCUAUCUCCAGCUAUGACAGAGAUGCCGGCGAUUGUUUAGGCUUGGUGCACACGAUCUUCUGCAUCACUCGGGCAUCCCUGAUUCAAGCGUGCAAUUCAUGCAAGCAGAGGACGUCCGAGUCUCUUCGCUUCAUGCCAAAGUGUCCGACGUGGAAAGGCUUCGAGACGUGGGUAGUCCAAAUGGCGGCCUGUGGGUCCCAUCACUACCGGGUCGACCCAGACACUCCGGAGGACAUCGACUACUUUUCGCAUUCAGUCAACCUCCCUGAAGUCCUUGAGCUCAUCUCAUGGCUCAUCGCACUGCUUGGAAUCCCGCUGGCACUCCCCGACUCGGCACACUACUCAAGCCAGUAUGCCGCGCUGGUGAGCCAGGCCAUGCAGCGAGCGGAACGACUAAACAUUUGCGCGCAGCGUGUGUGGGCUCUCGGCUCGGUGGCGCCUGGGCGCGAGCUGAGUCUCUUGUCACUGGUGCCUCCUACAGACCUGGGGUAUUCCGUUCGGGGCCAUACCGGCCACGAUAUGUGCACCUCCGACUUCUGUCAGCAAUCCACCAUUAGCUUCACCUCGGUGGCGCAACUCCAUUUGUGCUCUGUCCCUGGGCACUGCCUGCCUACCGAAGGCAUGUUCUCUCAAGCGUUACUGAGCAGCGCCCUCAACCGCUCGGGUCUGGGCUCCGAAACAUUCGUGCCGACCGCCUAGACUUUAGAUGGAAAGUCGCUCGUCGAGAAGGAGCAGCCUUUCAUGGCCAUUUCGCACGUCUGGUCCGACGGAACCGGGAAAGGGGCCUGAAAACCGGCCAAGUGAACCAGUGCCUGUGGCGACACUUUUGUGAGAUGGCGCGGGAACUGGGAUGCGAAGGGAUCUGGUGGGAUACCGUCUGCCUCCCUGAAGAUAAGCGUGCACGCAUCGAGGCUAUCAAUCGAAUGCAGGAUAAUUACACGCACGCCACGGCCACGCUUGUCCAUGACCGCUACUUAAGCUGCCUCCGGUGGACGGACGCUGCCUCAGCUUGUUUCGCCGUUGCCAUGUCGACGUGGCUCACAAGAGGCUGGACCGCGUUGGAAUUGCAACAGUCUCCAAAGGAUGGGGUGUACGUGC